UGCAGCGAGGUCCUUCUCUCAGGAGCUGAGUCACAAACUCUAUCAGUUUAUAGAAUGACAGCCGCAGCAGAAAGAACGAGAUGCCAGGAACGCUGAGCUUCUGUUUUCUUUUGUUUGCUCUCAUUUUCACCCCAACUCCCGUUAAAGGUCAUUAUCAGGUAACAAGCUCGGGUCAACCGGUUGUCGCUGCUCCAGGUGAUGAUGUCAUCCUCCAGUGCCUCGUGGAGCCUCAGCUGGACAUGGUGGACAUGACGGUGGAGUGGUCAAGGCCUGACGCCAAGCAUCGGCCAAAGGGAAUGGAAUACGUACACCUGUACCGAGACAACAACGAGGUUCUGGACAUGAAGAGCUCGUCGUACUACGGCAGGACGGCGUUGUUCGCAGACGGCCUCAGACACGGCAACAUAUCCCUCAUCGUCACCAACGUCACGACUGCAGACGAUGGGGAAUACAAAUGCUUCAUCCCAAAGCUACAUGGCAACACCAAAUCUUCAGUUGUUCGCCUUAUUGUUGAUCAAAACUCAUCUAAAACCAUUACUUCAGAGACACAACUGUAUCCUGAAGAAAAGAGGCAGAAUGUUCUGAACGGCGGUGUGUCCUGCUCCAGCAGCUUUACUCCUCUUAUCGUUAUCUGGGUCUUGCUGAUCUUCAGCGCUUGAGAUGCAGGAUGCUUACUCACUGUAUCCAUGUGUAAGAGCUAAGCAAUUUCAGUUUUCAACAAUAGAAGGAACAUGUAGGCCAUAGGUUGACCGCCCAGUG